UUCCGGUCAAACCCGGAAGCGGCCUUGGGCUGUUUUCCUUUCUUCCCCUUUGCGGGGGAAUAGACGAAAAUGGACCUUCUUAAGGCGGAGGUCGAGCGGAAGCGGAAGCUGGUGGAGGAGAAGGAGCUGCUGGUGGUGAGGAGGGGCGGAAGGCCUACCUCGCAGGGUUAUUGUUAUGGGGAGAUAACAGCCCCCCACCCCACCCCGGGGAGGCUGAAAUUCCAAGUUGCCAAGGUUGGAGAGCCCUGCGGAAAUUGUGCUUCUCUGCCCAGCUACAGAUGGUUAGAUCUGUGUUGUGUGUUCGUAUUGAAAGCUGUGGGUCAUAUCGUGUUCCCAAACCCGACGCAGGUGAGCGACGAGGCCGAAAAGGACGAAAACCCCGCGUCGUCUUCCAACCCGGUCCUGGAGCUGGAGCUGGCGGAGGAGAAGUUGCCCAUGACGCUGUCCAGGCAAGAGGUCAUUCGGAGACUGAGAGAAAGAGGGGAGCCCAUCAGGCUCUUUGGGGAAACCGAUUACGACGCCUUUCAGCGAUUGCGAAAAAUAGAAAUUCUGGCUCCGGAAGUGAACAAGGGAUUGAGGAAUGACUUGAAGGCGGCUUUGGAUAAGAUCGACCAGCAAUACCUGAACGAGAUCGUAGGAGGCCAGGAGCAAGGAGAGGAUGACGCGCAGAACGACCUCAAAGUCCACGAGGAGAACACGACCAUCGAAGAGCUGGAGGCAUUGGGAGAAUCCUUAGGUAGGGGUGAUGACCAUAAAGAUAUGGAUAUCAUCACUAAAUUCUUGAAGUUUCUUCUUGGAGUUUGGGCAAAGGAGCUGAACGCGAGAGAAGAUUAUUUGAAACGGGGCGUCCACGGGAAGUUGAACAGCGCGACCCAGAAGCAGACAGAGUCAUACCUGAGGCCUCUCUUCAGAAAACUCCGGAAAAGGACUCUGCCUGCAGACAUCAAGGAAUCCAUCACAGAUAUUAUCAAGUUUAUGUUGCAAAGAGAAUACGUGAAGGCCAAUGACGCCUAUCUCCAGAUGGCAAUUGGGAACGCGCCUUGGCCGAUUGGCGUCACCAUGGUUGGCAUCCAUGCCCGUACUGGCCGUGAGAAGAUCUUCUCCAAGCACGUGGCCCACGUUUUGAACGACGAGACUCAGAGGAAAUACAUCCAGGGUUUGAAGAGGCUGAUGACCAUCUGCCAGAAGCACUUCCCCACCGAUCCGUCCAAAUGUGUUGAGUACAACGCCUUGUGACCACGCUGCAACCUUCUUUCUGCUCCUGGGGCCCAGGCAAGAUGGGAGAAGGGACAGACUCUGUGCGCACUUCGCCUCUGAAGCUUGGAAGAAACGGCUGAAGUCAAGUUUGGCCCCUGUGUUGGACUUCAACUCCCAGAAUUCCCCAGCCAGCCGUGCAGUUCUGGGAGUUGAAGUCCACCCGUCUGCAUUUUGCCAGACUGGACAAGCACCGUCUGAGGUUCUGCCCAAGCAAUCAAUCACCACUGCUCAAGCUUCUAUCAACUUGUAUAUUUCUCUCUUU